AUGCGUCUGGCCGGAUUUGUUGUCGCCCUUGCCGCUUUGGCAGAGGCACAACUGCCUCAGACACCCGGAGCCAAUGGUGAAUCCACAACCACCACUGCUCUCGCGCCUCUUCCCUUUGAGACCACCACGUCUCAGGUUCCCAUUAUCGAGGAGAACACUACUGUAGAUACUGGUCUCAACCAAGAAACCACAGCUGUGGUACCUGCCCCAGAGCCUGUCACUACCUCUGACGAUGCUAUCGUGGAGCAGCCUACGCAGAACACCGAAGUUGCGGUGGAGGGAACGACCACAACCAAUGGCGAUCCGCUUCUUGAACAGACGCUGUCAACCGAUGGGCCUGCUCAACAGCCUCCAGCCGUGGAUGCUACCACACAGCAGCUCGGCAAUUUUGAAAGCACUACUCAGCAGCCACCCGUAGUGGAUACGACAACACAACAGCCUCCUGUUGUUGAUACCACUACUCAAGCACCACCCGCUCAGGACUCCUCCACAACUGAGCAGGUCCCAGUGGUAGAGCCCACUACCCAAGAGCCACAGCUUCCUGAGACUACUACUUCUCAUCAAGUCCCUGUUGCUGACCCUACCACGACUGAUGAGCCCAUUCCUGCCCCCGAAACAACCACUCAGCCUCCCCAAGUUGAAGAGUCCACCUCAGCACAGCCUCCUGUGCAAGAGGAGACUACUACCAACCCUCCUCCUGCACCUGAGACCACUACUCAGGAGCAGCUUGGCGAGAACAAGCCUACCACCACAGAAAAGCAAGAAGAGCCUAAGACCACCAACAAGAAUGGAGAUGAAGACCCGAAGACAGACGAGGGCGGCGAAUCUGAUCCCAAGACCGAGGAUGAGAACAGCCCCGAUCCCACUACCAAGAAGGACGAGGCUCCUGUCACAAUCCCCCCUGCUGCCGUUACUGCUAAGCCCCAGGAGACAAUCGAGGGCGUGACUGACAAUACUCUGCAUACCACCACUGACAGCGACGGUAACAAUAUCGUCGUCCCUGUUCUUUUCGGUCCUUCGUGUCUGAUCUUCUGUGAGCAUGUCAACAACAACGGUCCCGGUGGUAUUGUCCUCUGGGGAAUCGGCCCGGCCCCCGGUAACUACAUCCUUCCUCCUCUGCCUGGCAUCACUCCUGCACCCAGCGCUGUAAUCAUCAACGGUGGCAUCCCCACCCCUAUAGGAACUCAGACGCCUGAGGACCCCAAUGACGAGGAAGAUGAAGACGAAGAUGAAGACAAGAGCACUGCUGAAAAGGAGACCAAGACUGAAGCAAAGUCCACCGCUGAAACCUCUGCCGCCUCUACCACUGCUACUGAAGCGCCUGAGGUCUCAAUGGGCAUCGAGACCGUUGUUGUUAAUGUCGAUGCCACUCCGUCCACCGCUGUGACCACUACGGUGUCAACUGAAGCCACCACCACCGCGGCAACCACCCAGACCACUGGAGGGGAGCUUUCAAUGGGCAUUGAGACUGUUGUGGUCAACGUUGAUGCUACUCCCAGUACUGGAGUAACCACCACUCAGAGUUCUACUGGGUCUUCCACUGAGACCACUGAGGCUUCUACUCAGACUUCUGGGGCUCCUUUGUCGAUGGGUAUCGAGACUGUUGUUGUUGAUGUCGAUGCUACACCUAGUACUGGAGGUACUACUUCUGCUGCCUCUACCGAGCCUGCUACUUCUACCGAGCCUGCUACCUCUACCAAACCCGCUACUUCUACUGAGCCUGCUACCUCCACUGAAGCAGCGACGAGCACCGAGAACACAGCCGCUGCUGAUUCUACCGUUGAGUCGACUAUUGAACAAACCACUACUGAUGGGCCUUCAUCUACCGAGACCACUCUGCAGACUACCACCAGGGCCGCUACCACCACUUCUCAGGAACCCAAGCGCGAGUACCCUUGCAUCAUGCACGCCAACCCCGGUACAGACCCUUACUGCGCUUGUGAGACCACAGUCAGUGGUAAAAGCUACUUCGCCUCUACUUCUCUCAUCUCAUCGUCCUGCGCCGACUACACGACCUUCCCCACCGCCUUCCUUACUGAUGAGCCCCCCAAGCCCACUGAGAAGCCCGAACCAGAGCCCAUCACCAAGACUGAAGACGGCACCGUCCUGAGCUUCCCCGACCGUACUAUCCGGGUCGGAAACUACCCUGGCGGAAAGUACACUUACACUGACGGUGUUGGAGACCCUGUCACCCUCUCAACGCCGCUACCCACGCAGACUGAUGCCAACAACAAGGGCUCUAGCCAGUGCGGUAGCAUCGAUGACGCUUGUGAUCGCGCCAUGAACGAUGGAUUUGAGGAUGACACAGUCUACAAGGACUAUGUCUCUCGUUUUGCCCGUAUCAAGUCUGGCAUGGUCAUGGUUGCCACUUUCGGUCAAGCUGGUUGCACAGCUCAGUUCACCUGUGAUGACUACGGUCUCGGAAUGAAGGGCAAGGACAUCAAGGAUGCUGUCCAAUUUGCGAAGGACAACAACGGGGUCAACAAGUGUGGAACAGCGUAUCUCUCCAACAGCUGUCAUGUUACUCUGAACUACUGUACCAACUGUCACCAUGAUGGCUAG